AUGGCAUUUAAACGUCUUAAAGUCGAUGAAGGCAAAAUCAUUUUGCCGGCUGACAAAGGGUGUUGCACAGUGGUGCUCAACAACUCUGAUUACAAAAUGAAAGCCCAGAGCCUACUUGACGACCAAAUUUCGGACAGAACAUGUCCAGCCAGUGAAAUGAAACAUUUACUCACCCAAAUGGACAAAAGUCUGGCAAAAGUCAAAACAAACGGUGAAAUCACGCCCACUGAUUGGUUUUCCAUGAAACUAAUGGACAUAGCCCCAGCACGAUUCUACGGCCUGCCGAAACUACACAAAGAAAACUUGCCGCUUGGUGCCAUCGUCUCCCUUCGAGGCACCCCUACGUACGGUUUGGCAAAAUGA